AGGCGGCCACCGCCUCAGCCGGGCACCGCCUCACAGCGCCUCCUCGCACCGCGCCCUCGCGCCCGCCACGGCGCGAACCAAUGCCCCCGGCCCGGAGGGGGGGCUGGUGGCGGGAGGCGCGGGCAGGCGAGGGAGCUGGGCAGGCGGACCCCCCCGCCGGAGCGCAGAGGGUGGUGGCGGCCCCUUCCCGAACCCAACGAUCCCAGCCCCGGCGCGGCCCGGCAGGUGCGGCCUGUGGGCGGGGUGUCUGUCCCGCUAGGGCCGGGUCUCGGCUCGGCCGGGCUGGGGAGAGCAGCUGACUGCCGGGAACAGAUAUGCAGUUUAGUGGACGAGCAUGCGGAAUUCACUGCAACUCAUUUCAAGAUGGCUCUUUGGAAGAGAGGAUGGCUGCUUUGAAAUUUCUGUAGUGUCUUUUUAUUAAAUGAGAAUUCCUAGAAGGAGAUACUAUUCUGUCUGCAAUAAUAAUGCUUCUUAUUAGACACAGAGAAUCAAAUCUCUGCAUAUAGUCUGUUUAGGAUAAUUUAUUGUAAAGCACUGACAUCUUUGAAACAAGUAACCAGUCUUUGCAUCUGCAUUACUGAAAAUAUAUAAGAGGCAGCAGAAUUGUGACUUACGCUUAUACAAUCAGCAACUGGAAAAAAUGCCAGGUUCUAAAAGUAACUUGGUGUCUUUACAUGAGGAUGUUAUAAACGAUACUUCAGACUUGAGUGAAAUGAAAAUUUCAGAUGAAAAAGGAUCUGUUGAAAAAAGAACAAUGACUCUGAUUGAGAAGAAUGGCUAUCACGACUCUGUAUACAUAAAUGCAGCUAAAAUUUUUCAAGGCAUUCAUACUGAAAAGUGUAAGGAUAGAAUAUUGGUGCGGUAUGGUGAUGACUCAGUAUCUCCCCUGCUGACUUUUAAAGAUGAGUAUUCCCAGCGUGUAUCUUAUGAACUGGCUUUCAAUGCUCUAAAAUAUCAAGAUCUUCUUGAAGAAAUAUUGUUAGAUAGUUGUUGUUAUCCAUGCCAGUCAAUACCAGAUGACUUAACCAGCUUGCUUGUUGUGAUGCUUUAUGACCUACAAGACCGAAAGUUUCAAGCACGAGAGAUUUUUGAUGAAGGGGAACCUGUAGCAGAAGUUCAGAAAAUAGAGCAUUAUUUAUACAGUUCUAGGACCAAAUUGGCAGCUGCACUAGCAAGAUGGCGCAUCAAACAUGAUGCUCUUUCAAUUGAAUAUGUUCUACCAGAAACCAUACGGAAGCAGCAACAAAGGGCUUCUGCUUUACCUUUGUAUGUUUGGAUAAACACAUUUAAAAUCAGCCCUCAAGAUGUUUUCAGAGAUUUAAAGAAGAAGGGAUUCACAAAAGUUGAAACCGUGUCAGACUUUGACCAUUAUACGUACUGUGUGGACCAACAUUGCCAUGAUGUACUGGUUUUUCCUUCCUCUCUUAAAGAAGAACUGCUUAAUUUAGAUCUUUUUGCAGAUUGCAAACUCUUACUGCAGGAUAAGUCUCGCAGCCUUGCUGUACACUCUGCACAGGCGCUGUUGAAUACAGGUGAUGACAUUAUAGUGGCUCACGUAGGUUCCCAUCUGACCAUUGUCCAUAUGUCCGUGCUGACAAAUCACAGCAUGUCCAGGAUUUUUGUUUGUGGUGUGAAAUCUUCAGCAAAAGCAGCAGAACUGAGGAACUUGUUCAGUCACAUGGGAUGUAACGAUAUUGAGUUGUUACAUGAAGACUUUACUGAGAUUGGACCAACAGACCCAAGACUUCAAAAAGCAAAAGUUAUUUUGCUGCUACCACAAUGCUCUGGGCUGGGUGUUGGCAAUCCAAUAGACUUCAUUUUAAAUGAACACAGAGACGCAGGAUUGCUUAGAGACCUUUUUCAAGGAUCUGUGUCUGAGGAUAAACUCUGCAUUCUUGCUGAGAGGCAGCUUAAUGAGUUGAUGCAUGCAAUGACAUUUGGCAAAGUACAAGCUAUUGUUUACUGCACUUCUUCAGUUUACCCUGAAGAAAAUGAACUAGUAGUGAAAAAAGCACUGGAAGCUGGAGUGGAAGGAAAUAAACUUCAACCAUAUAGGCUUAUUCCUCCUGUUUUUUCGACUUGCUCCAAUUCAAAGGCUCCCACUGAAAUUUUUUUCAAAAUGGAGCCAUCGGAAAUUUCCAGUGGCUGUUUUCUAGCUAUUCUAGCUAGAGAGGAAGAUUCUUCUGAAAAUGUGUCUGUUAAAGACAUUUUGGCUCGUGCUGCAGCAAAAGGACUACUAGGUGGCAUUGUUAGAGAAAAAUCAAAGGAAGAAGAGAAAAAGCGACCAAAAGUAACACAGCGUAGAAGUAGUAUUACUGGUAGAGGUAUAGAGCUGAAGAUUGCAGAGUUCCUUCGCCAUCAAACUGUAUCUAAUAUUAAGGCUGAAGUUUCUGUGCCUAAAGCAGUCAGUAACAUACAACAAAAGAACGUGAAAAAAACACACACCUAUGCUCAGCAGAAGAAAUCUCUCAACCCGGUUUCAGACACAGCUCUGCCCAGUGUGCUGAAGCACACGUCUCACUUAUCACCUAUGGGCAAGGCGUACGACAGACAGACGCAUGCUAGAAAGGCACGUGCAGAACGUAAGAGGGUUGUAUUGAAGCCUGUGGAAAUUGUUUUCCCUCCAGUGAUUACAUCAUAUGCAAGUCCGCAAGGAAACAAACCCAGGACAUCAACUCAUCAUCGCUUUCACGGCUGGACUGGCGCAAAGGGUUCGAGUGGCAGGAUACUUCCUCCACCACAGUCUAAAGCGCUCAAGCCAACUGUGCUUGGCUGUCCUCGACCGUGGCUGUAAGAAUCUUCAAACUUUGCCCUUCCUUUAUAGAAAAGUCACACCAGUCAAUGGAGCUGGAUCAGCACUACCUUUAGAAGACAGGAUGUGAAUGAUACUCACAAGCUGGUUCAUCACAUAAGUAUCAUUGCUUCACUGAAUCGGUGAAAAUUUCUUUUAGCAUUUUAAUCUGAGCCAGCUGUCCUAUUCAAAGGCAUCGCUCACCUGCUGCAUAUCCCUGUGAGUAACCCUUGCUCUGUACCUGUUCCAAUAAAAGGAUGACCUCUGCUCUUGUUUCUGAACAAACUUGGAAGGACAGAUCUAGACCUGUACACAUGCAAUGUAUAGAACUGAAAGGAAUGAAUCACUAUUUUAUUUCAAAACCAUCUUGGAAGAGGAGAAGAUUCUACAUGUUACAUAAAAAGAAUGGAGAGUAAGGAGAUUUCGGGGUUUUUUUCCAAUAUGGUUGUUAAAUGCUUAAAAUAAACUUAAGACGAUUCUGCAGUUAGAGAACUAAACUAUUUUUUAAAAAUCAAAAUCUGUACAAUUCAUUAUUAAAUAUAAUUAAAAUUACUUGUAAAAGAACAUACAUGUGUCUGAUGACAGAAUUUCUGGACUACUUACGUAAUAUGCAUCAUGAUGUCCCACAAUUGGCCUCAUCUUGCUUUCAGGAGUUGGCAUCUUUGAAAUGUUACGAAGGCUAAACUGUUAGAAUCUUGAUGUCUUACCAAGAAAUAUUAAAGAGCUGGUAGUGAAGAG